CAUGGUAAUCAAACAGCAAGAGCGCUAUAAAACCUGCAGGAUUCGAAAGCCGGACUUUAACAUCACUUACCAGCUGUGAUGUAUCCUGCACGAUCAUAAAGUCAGCAGAGCAUUAAUAACUAAAUGGACAGAGUUUUAUGGCUUUAUCUUGUAUAACUGAUAGUUUGUUCAGUGGUCGCGCUUUGAGUUCACUGCGCUUUCCAGAAGAAAUCACUUUAUUGUUCUCAAAGCUCCGCGUGUGUGUGUGUGUGUGAAGUGAACUGUGCGGGGAACAAGGAUGGCGGUGUCUAAAUCUACAUUAUCGAUCGUUUUAAUAGUUCUGGGAGGUUUGUCGGUUUUAUUCGGGACUGUGCUGGUAUUUGUCGGACCUAUUAUAAUAGACGAUCAAAUAGUGAAGAAUGUAGAGAUUAACCCAAACAAUGGACUCUCCUACACUAUGUGGAAGGACAUCCCGGUUCCCUUCUUUAUGUCUGUAUAUUUCUUUCAUAUUGUCAAUCCUGAUGAAAUCCUAAAAGGAGAAAAGCCCACGGUGGUACAGAGGGGGCCGUAUGUGUACCGUGAAAAACGCUGGAAGGACAACAUCACAUUUCAUGACAACCACACCGUCUCGUAUAAAGAAUAUCGGCAGUAUUUCUUUGAGGAGAGCAUGUCUGUGGGAAAUGAAUCUGAUUUGGUCACCAUCCCUAACAUGCUAGUGCUGGGUGCGUCAGUAAUGAUGGAGAAUAUGCCCUUUCCUGUACGCAUGCUGCUCAGCGCCACGUUCAAAUCCUUCGAGGAGGGACCAUUCUUGACAAAACCAGUUGGAGAGCUCAUGUGGGGUUACGACAGCAAGUUGGUGGACUUCCUGAACAAAUACUUCCCUGGAAUGCUGCCAACCAGCGGGAAGUUUGGCUUGUUUGCUGAGUUUAACAACUCCAACGCUGGACAGUUCACUGUCUUCACUGGUCAGGACGACAUCCGGAAAGUUCAUAUGGUGGACUCUUGGAAUGGCCUGAAAAGUGUGAAUUACUGGAGGUCUGAACAGUGUAACAUGAUCAAUGGUACAGCGGGUCAAAUGUGGCCUCCGUUCAUGACCAAAGAGUCGACGAUGCCCUUCUACAGCCCUGAUGCGUGCAGGUCCAUGGAGCUGGUGUACCAAAGGCCAGGCAUGUCGCGUGGGAUUCCCGUGUACCGCUUCGUGGCUCCAAAGACUCUUUUUGCCAACGGUGCAGAUUAUCCUCCCAAUGAGGGCUUCUGUCCUUGUCGACAGUCCGGCCUUCUGAGCGUCCGCACCUGCAGACACAAUUCCCCUGUGUUCAUCUCUCAUCCGCACUUUUUUGAGGCUGAUCCCGUCCUUUUGGACACAGUCAAUGGAUUGAGGCCAAAUGAAGAUGAACAUGGGCUUUUCAUCGACAUCCACCCGGAGACCGGAGUGCCAAUGAACGUUUCCAUUCGGCUGCAGCUCAACCUGCUCAUCAAGACCGUGUCUGGCAUCUCAGAAACAGGAAAGAUAGCUGAAGUGGUGAUGCCCAUGAUCUGGUUUGAAGAGGUAGGUGUUGUCUACAUUUUUGGCACCAAUCUGGUGGUGCUGCCCAUGGUCAUGGAGUACAUGCAGUACAUCUUCAUCGCUUUUGGACUCGCAGGCAUUUUGGGAGCCGUGCUGUUAUACGUCAAUGACAAGGUAAAAUGUAGGAAGGAUGAUCACCCCAGCGCAGAUGUGGACCCGUCCAGCUCAGCCAGUGAAAAGACCCCAUUACUACAGACCCCAGCAAGCUGAAGUCACGAUCCACAUCACAGCCUGCUUUUACAAUAAACUCAUGAUCCCACAAUCCACUGGACAACAAAUAAAAGUCAUUAUAUUGAAUGCUGGGAUUGAAUGAAUGCACUGGUUUAAGUAGAGACCAUUUUGUGUGAUGAAGGGAUUUGAUGUGGAGGGAGGGCGGUCACUUAUUUGUGGGGUUUUUUUGCCCAUUGGUUUGGUCUAAAGUGCUGUGUUGGGUCAAUACAAAAUUUUUAAAGUUGUGUUUUUUUUUGUUUUGUUUUUUGUUUUUUAAACACUUGAAAUACUUGACAAAAUGUAUUAGAUAUUGAAGUUCAAAUGGUGCAUUCAUGGUUCACUCCAAACCCUUUCUCAGAGGAAAAAAAAAAAAAAAACUAUCUUAAGAUAUUUAACCUUUUAUGUUGUAACCUUUAUCCUGUAACAUGCUGUGAACACUUUAUGACAAUAACGUACCAUUGAAUGAAAUAUCGUCUGAAAGCAAAAAAAAAACAUUUCUCAAUACACUGAAUACGUUUCCUGUAUUAUGUCUCUAAAUGCAUUUGUAUGUAAUGGAUGUAAAAUAUUACUAAUUGUG